UGCUCUCCUGCUCUGUUUCUUCUUUCCACCGCUGCUCUAAUCUCCAACCAGCUGAUCUUCACCCUGGACUCCCUCCCUCCUCUUCCUCCCUCCCUCCUCUUCCUCCUCUUCCUCUUCUUCUUCCUCCUCGCUGCUGCCUGAGCUCCAGUUUCCAGCCGGCCUCCCCCCACUGAGCUGCUCCCAUGGCCGACUCUCCUCUUAACAACUCCUGGCCGUCCUUCUCCAAGCUGUGGAUGAAGAGAUGGUCCUUUAAGAGAGCAUCAGAGUGUAAGCCAUGUAGCCGGCCCGGUGAGGCUCCCAGCUCCCAGCUCGGUGUCCGGUCCCUGCCUCCCAGCGGGAAGGGAUCGUCCUCGUCUUUGUCUCCGGCCUCCAUCACCGAGGACGUCUUCUUUGGCAGCACCAAUGAUGACCAGGACACCUGUUCGGUGGUGAGCGACUACGACUGUCCCUGUGUGGAGGUGAACAGCAGCAUCGAGGACCUUCAGGGCUUCAGCUCUUCCCUCAGAGACUCAGAGUUCUUCAGAGACCUCCUUCCACCCACAGGAGCCUCCACGGUCCCAGAGAGCAGACCCCAGCUGACUGUGGGUCCUCAGGGGUGUCCCUCCUUCAUCCAGCCGCCACCACGUCCUCCCUGUACGCUGCCUGCAGAGGAACCCCAUCACAGCUUCGUGGUCAGACAGCUCGGUCCAGAGUUGUUUCCUGGUUGCAUCGUAGACGGAGGAGACUCUGACGUCCCGACCACCCGCCUGAGUUUAACGAUAGAUCUGAAUGGACUGCUGGGAUCAAUGGAAACAGAAAAACCAGUAACGGGACUGAAGGGAGUAAACGAGCAGCUCUCCAUGGAUAUCGACGGAGAACCGGACCUGGACAGCUUCCCCAUCCUGGUCAGAUCCAUGUCCACGUCCAGGAGGCACAGCUGGGGCGUCCCGGUGUCCCCCAUCAACCUGGGGAGGAGACUCAGUCUGGAUCCCAUGGCCAUGGACAGCGAUGGAGAAAGAGACGACGAGGACGAGCGACAGAAUCGACCUGGAGACGAGUCGGACGCUUCCAGUUUGACGGCCGGCGCCAUUCCUGGAAAGCAUCUGUACUCCCGCUCAGAGAUCCUCGCCACAGAUGACUAUUCCCGAGCCGCACACAUCUCUCGAGUUGUUCAGACGUCCAAACAGGCCGCGAGGGCAGCCGGAGCCGACGAGUUCGACCCCGAAGAAAACCUCCACUCCACAGAAGGCCAGAGCCACAUAGCGAAGCAGAGAAACAACAGAUCAGGCAGCAAAGAUUCAGGAAGUGUCACUUGGUACGAGUUCCUCUCCAAUGAGAAUGAGGAAGAGGAAGAUCGAACAGAGAAGGUGGAGAAAGGCACGAAGGUGAAGAGAACUCUGAGCUCUCUGAGGAACAGGGUGACUGGAUCCUUCAACAAAGACAAGGGUAAGAACCGAGAGAAGGCGAAGGAGAGGGAGGCCAAAGAGAAAGUGUCGAUCAGCAGCAGCAGCGGGCAUCACUUGGUGCCCGGCUCCUUCUCCAGCUGUGCCACCUGCUCACUGUGCAGCAAGACCCUGCAGAAAAAGCAUGGCCUGCAGUGCACGAAUUGUGCCGUGAACGUUCAUAAGAGCUGCAAGUCUCUGCUGGGGGAGUGCACCAGCAGCAAGAACAAGAGAGAUUCUCUGCAGAGGCCCGGCCCUUCAGGAUCUCCUAACCUCGCGCUGAAAGACCGGGAGCGGGAUCAGGCCGGCCCAGCCGCUUCUCAGGCCCUGGAUGGCCACCGAGGUUUCCUCAGCGCCCCAGGCAUGACCGUUAGUCCGUGGGGACCCAGCGCUCAGCCUUCUGCCGCCCAGACCAGCAGCUCCACCACAGCGCCGACCUCCAGCCUCCACAGCCUCCAUCACAACAGCAGCUCAGGAUCCCUCCCCGGGGAGAUGGACGAGACAGAUGCUCUCCGCUCCAAACGCUGCAACGAAGACGCCGUUUCCCUCGCCCCUUCCACCACCGAGGCCAUCAUCGUAGAAGAAGCUCACUAUGCAGCGGUACGAGCCGACCUGGACUCUGACGCCCAGGACUUGGAGGUGGACUCGUGGAGUCUGGCAGUUGACCAGCAGUAUCUGAAGAAGCACUCUAAAGACACGGUGAAGAGACAGGAUGUGAUUUACGAGCUGAUGCAGACGGAGAUGCACCACGUGCGGACGCUGAAGAUAAUGCUGCGCGUCUACGUCCGAGAGUUGAAGGAAAACCUCCAGAUGGACUCCGGCAGGCUCGACUGUCUGUUCCCCCGUCUGGAAAACCUCCUCGACCUCCACACACAUUUCCUGUCUCGUCUCAAAGAGCGGCGGCGAGAAAACCUCGUCUCUCCCAGCGACAGAAACUACACCAUGAACAGAGUGGCAGAUAUCCUGAUCUCACAGUUCUCAGGUGAAGUAGGAGAGAGGAUGAAGGACAGUUAUGGAGAUUUCUGCAGCCACCACCCUGAAGCUGUCAGCUACUACAAAGAUCAGAUGCAGAACAACAAAAGGUUCCAUAACAUCAUACGGAAAAUCAACAACCUGUCCAUCGUACGGAGGCUGGGAGUGCCUGAGUGCAUACUGUUGGUGACACAGCGGAUUACCAAAUACCCAGUGCUAGUGGAGCGUAUUCUGCACAACACUGAAGCGGGUUCGGAGGAGCACGAGGAUCUGACUCGAGCUCUGGAUCUGAUCAAAGGCGCCAUCGUGCAGGUGGACACGCUGGUCAACCUCCACGAGAAGAACUCCAGGCUGCGCGACAUCCACAACAAGAUGGAGCCGAAGGCGCUGGGAAAAAUCAAAGACGGACGAGUGUUUCGCAGGGAGGACCUCGCUCAGGGCCGGAGACGGCUGCUGCACGAGGGGACCGUGAGCUGGAAGGCAGCUUCAGGCCGGCUCAAAGAUAUUCUUGCGGUGCUUCUGUCAGAUGUGCUGCUGCUGCUACAGGAGAAGGAUCAGAGAUACGUGUUCGCUGCAGUGGACAACAAGCCGUCGGUGAUCUCUCUGCAGAAGCUCAUCGUCAGGGAGGUGGCCCACGAGGAAAGAGCCAUGUUUCUCAUCUGUGCUUCCUCCAACGAGCCGGAGAUGUACGAGAUCCACACCACCUCCAAGGAGGAGAGGAACACGUGGAUGACACACAUCCGGCAAGCUGUCGAGAGUUGUCCUCACACUGAGGAGAGGCUGUUCAGCGAGGAAGAAGAGGCACGAGCUUCCAGGUUGAAAGAAUUUCAAGAGCGACUUUGCCAGAAGGACGUGGUGAUCGUUCAGGCUCUAACCGAGAAGCUGCAGCUGUUUGCCGACAUGGCCGAGUCCAUCGCAGGCCUGGAGGACGCGGCUUCAAAGUCCAGGCUGCUGCUUCGAGGAGAUGCCUCGGACCUCCACCAGGGGGAGACGCUGCUCAAAGGAGCCAUCACCGAGGUGGAGAACCUCCAGAACCUGCUGCAGUCCGGAGUGAGGGAGGAGGCGCCGCCCUCCAGGAUGGAGGAAGGCGGAGGCUCCGGGGUUCUGCCCAGGAGAGCAGACACCUUCGGGGGCUACGACAGCAGCCCCUCCAUCCUCAGUAAGAAUGGCAGCGUGAAGAAGAACUUUUCUGGCGAGUCCAGAAACAGAGACAGAAGCCAAAGAGCCAGCUCAGACCCUCAGCUCAAAGACCUCUGUGGUGACCACGCCCUGGAGCAGACGGUUGAUGAGAGCUGCUGCUCUCCUGCCAGAUGGAAUCGUAUCUGGUCCAACUCCUUCCCCGAGGCCGAGUUCUUUGACAGAGUGCUGAUGCUCUCCCAAAGGCUCUACAGUCUGCAGGCCAUCAUAUCCCAGCAGGACAGCCACAUCGAGCUCCAGAGGGCCUCCCUGACAGAACGGGCUUCUCUUCCCGGCCGCCAUCGAGGAAACGUCCUCCUGGAGCAGGAGAAGCAGCGAAACCUGGCCCUGCAGAGAGAGGAGCUGGCCAGCUUCCACAAGCUGCAGUCCCAGCAUCGGCAGGAGCAGCAGCGCUGGGAGAAGGAGAGGGAGAGACACCGGCAGCAGGUGGAGGCGACCGAGGCCCGGCUGAGGCAGAGGGAGGAGGAAUGCCACCGGCUGGAGGAACAUCUGGCGAAGGAGAGGGAGGAGCUGGACAGGCAGAGGAAGACCUACCAGGAGGACCUGGAGAGGCUGAGAGAGUCCACCAGAGCUGUGGAGAAGGAAAAGGAACGUCUGGAGCACCAGAAGAAGAUCAAGAGGAAGACCAUUGAGGUGGCUCCAAUAUCCGGUAGUCUGAACGGGGAGCUGCUCUCGUCCUCCGGCUCCUCCGGUAUCCCCGACCUGCCCCCGAAGCCGCUGGUCCGGUCCAGCCUGUCGGUGGCGCCGGCCGACUACCCGGAGCGCCCCGAGGUGACGCUGAGACGCGAGACGACGUCGUCCGCUCUGCCGCUGAAGACGGAGGUCCCGCUGCACCUCUUCAGCACCACCAACCAGCAGCACAAGCUGGUGGGCGUGCAGCAGCAGAUCCCCACCAAGCUGGCCGCCAUCAACAGCAGCAAAAGCAAAGGAGGGAAGAGCGGCAAGGCGUCGCAUCGCACCGACAGCACUGCCUCGGUGGACAUGAAGCAGAUGCUGCCCAUGAAGCUGUCCUCCAGAGAGGACAACGCCCUGAAGGCCAAACGCUCCAUCAGCCCCCACCAGCAGCUGCCUCCGCCGGCGCCUCCUCAGCCCUCACAUCACCUGGCAGAUCAACUCAGUCCUCCAGACGGCGGCGGACCAGACGGCCUCUCCACCUCCCAGAAGCCCGUGGUGCCUCCUGCUCAGCCCCAGCCCUCCAUGCAGCCUCCUCACCCCCAGAGCACCGGAUCCCUGCAGUUCCAGCCUCCGAGCGUCGCUGCCGGCAGCCAGGUGAACGUUCAGGGGCUCGGCCACAGCAUGCCGCCACCGUACCACAAAAUCAGCCCCGAGGACCUCAACAAGGAGGACGUCAUCUUUUUCUAAACUCAAGUCAAAAGAAAGAAGAACUACUGCAGUGGAGGGGUAACUUUAACUUUCAGCGCGAUGUUUGUUUUAACACGGUUUGAAUGUCGGUACGAAGUUUUUAACACGCUCAGCCGCAUCUGCUUCUAAACCGCCAAUAAUAGAGUCCCAGCUGGUUUUAUUUAAUGUCUAGUUUUAUAUCUAAACUCAAUCUUUGGGAAACGAAGGUUUAAAUGAAGUGAAAUCAAUCCAAAGACGUGACUGAAAGCAGUUUUUUUUUUUCCUGUGGAGGAGUUCUGGACCUGAUGGAGGUUUUUACUGGACCUGGAAAAGUGAAGCGGCUCUUCACACAAACACUCUCUGCUUGGUGUUUUUCCUUUGCACAGUGUCAGUCCUCCAUUCCAGACUAACCAAGGACCUUUUGUGGACUAAAUGUGUUUGUUUGCUUUGUACAGAAAUGGUGAAGUUUGCUUUCAUUUUCUUUUUGUCAUUCGUCUUAAUCGUGCUGAAUACCGAAGGAUCGCGUCUUUAGCGCUGCAGCUGGUCCUCAAAACCCGACUUUCAUCAGUUUUUUCUGAGCUGUUGUGUUCUUACUUCUAAUUAAGGAGCUUUUGGUUACUUGUGCUGUUUCUCCACACUCCCACAAUCCUUUGCUGCGUCUUUGUGGGGCUAAAACACUGAAGGUUGAAUCGUUUGUACGUUCUCAUUCUAGCGUAUUUCCAAACAGAUCGACUGUUUAGUUUUAAAUCCACAUUAAAAUUAAAGGUGUUCUCACAGACUUGUAGCUUGAAAUGAAGGAAAUUAGCUAAAAUGAGCUAAAUUUUGUCUCACUUGUUGCAUUUUAACCCAAAAAACUUUGCUUUUAAAAGACAAAUCUGUAUGAAUCAUUUCUGUUGCUGUUUUAUUGGAAUGCUGCUGGAGGUGCUGCAUGUCUGCAGACUGGUUUCAAAGAGUAAAAUUAACUUUAAACUGCUUCUGUUUUCUGACACGACGGGAGAAAGAAGUUACAGUCCACCGUGGUGUUAUGGCUGAUAGUGAACUCAUUUUGCACUCGUUGGGGGAAAUGUUGAACCACGAUCUGAGGUGAAUUGGGAAGUCUACUUUAUCACACGCGUGUGCAGCUCGUUCUCUGUGUUUCUGGACACAGCUGAGACUCACAGACACAAAGCCGGAUGGACAGAGAGCUGGAGCAGUUUAAAGUUAAUAGAAUCCACAGCGGUUUCAUCUUCAAAAUCAAAUCACAAAUGAAUGUCUUUGUGUUACUUUUUUUAGCUGAUGUGGGGAUAAAUACGAAGACGUCAGUUUUAAUUACGGCUCGGAGCUCUCACUGGUUCCUGUUGUUUCAGUGACUCGUCUGUUGUCUCACAGAAAAAUCUGAAGAUUUUCAUGCUGUUAUUUCCCUCAGUGUGCAUAAGAUCCAUUUAGAGCAUGAAGCAGGUGACAGGUUGUCUUUGGACUUCUGAACAGCUGGCGUGUAUGAUGAGUGUUGUCCUGCACUUCCCUGUUUCAGACUCCAGAUGUUCUCCAGAGGUCUGCUUAUCUGUGUGUGGGUGUGUGCAGUCGUUCAUCAGCGCUGUGUAAAUGAAGCUGAGGGUUGCUGGUGUGAUGUCGUAGCAUUAAGGUGGAGGUGUGCCGGCCGCCAGCGAACCACAAAAACCUGAACCGUCUGCUUGUUUGGAAGCGUCUAAACCAAACAUUCAGCCGACUGGACUCCACCGAGGACAGAGUGGUGGAAACAGGUGUGUUCACUGCACAUCCAGUCCAGCUCCAGCCUGCUUCUGGUCCAGCAGAUGUCUUUAAACAAACGGCAUCAAAUGACAGAGCUGACAGUAAAAGCUCUGGAUUAAAGUGUGAAAUACAGACCGUAGGUUUAGAGUUCCUUCUUACAGAGUUGUAGAUUUUUCUGGACUUCAUGUGCACGUUGACACACUUGUGGGUGGAAAAGUGCAGAAACUGAAGAAUCUCAGCUGAAGGUGGAUUUACAAGCUUUUUUUUUUCCAUCCUAACACUCGGUCUCCAUCAGCAGCUAAACAUAAAAUCACAUGAACUUACUAUACGUGUAAAAGUGAAAACUUUCAAACAGUUUUGUGGCAUUGGGACUCCAGAAAGUUCCUAUGAGCGUCUUAACGUGGAUGUGUUCAUAUUUCACACUAGGAUCCAGUCUUUGCUCGACAUUUCACCGACUUUUGAGAAUUCGAUGUGUGGGCCUGUAUGCUGAGAAAGGUUCCACUGAUUUCACUUCUUUUUUGCUGUUUUUUGCCUACAGGUUUAUAUUUUGUCAUUACAUUUGCAAAAAUAGAGUUUCAAUGCAGAGGUUCCAACGUUUUGUCUUCCAGAUGAAGAAAUGACUUUUUUUUUUAACCCUUUAAGCUUCAGUGUCCCGCCGGCGGUACACCUACUAAUUUGCAUAGGAAUUUCAAGAAUGUCCGAAGGCUGCAAACACGAUUAUACAAACACUAUACGCCGAUGGAAAGCUUAGAUUCUCAUGAAUCCGCUGGUAUAAACCACUUUCAGAUGUGAUUACCACAGCGGGUGAGAAAAACACAUUUGUCCGACAAAAACUAAUAUUCAUCCAUCCGUUCUCUAUACACGGCUUCAACGCACACAGCGCGACUCACAUUUCCGGGUUCAUUAUUACACACAGAAAAAAAGAUUCCACAAAAAACGGCCAUAAUCCAACCUUGGACAUCAGAUGACACAAGCCAGUAAACUAUUUUGUCCAAAACAUGUCCUGAAGUCGGUAUAAAAUCCCCGAAUCGGUCGUUUUCAAGGAAAUGCACCUCCCAAUGCGCGUCCAAUAUUCCCCGUAUUUUUCGUAAUUUUUUUUAUUUAAAAAUAGAAUAUUAGCGAUUUUUUUGUACUGAAAACGGCUGGAAUUGACUGAAGCUUAUUGAUUUUGAAAAUGGGAAAAAAUGCAUUUUUAAAAAAAAUAAUUGUGGUCCUAAAAAGUUCCUUUAAGUGUGUUUAUGGAUAUUUCCAUAGUUCCAGCUAAAACCUUCUGAGGCCUCUAACAUGAAUAUAAUUUGAUGUGAGCAAAGAAUGACAAAGUUCACCUCUCUGCAUUUCUUUGGCUUUUUUGUCAACAUAAAGAUGUGGAGCACAGAAACUACAUAAAACAUAUCGGGGUCUAAAUGUGGUCAGAAAGUGCAGAUGUUUGUGACCUUAUGGCUUCUGGAUGAAGAAGUUGUCAUUUCUUUUUCUUUUGGCCCUCCAAAAUGGAAAAAGUGUAAAAUUUUCCAACAGUUUUGUGGUAUUAAGACCUCAGUGUUUAAAUAUGGAUACAUCCAUAGUUCCUACAGAGAAAUGUAAUCUCUGGUUGACAUUUCACCAAAGUUUGAGGCUCUAACAUGAGUAGAACCAGAAGAUGUGUGGCAAGAAAAGGUUCCUUUUUUUUUUUUUUGCUGUUUUGACAAAAUGUUGUGAAGCUAAAAACUCGUGUGUGCAUCGUCUAUAUGUCGUCAUUCUGUGGGUAAAAAUAGAUUUAACGACACAGUCUCCCAAACUUUUUGGCUUCUAGAUGAAGAAAUGAUCGUUUCUUUAAAUUCUGCCCCUUAAAAAUGGAAAAAGUGCAAAUUUUACAAGCAAUUGUAGCAUUGGGACCCCAGAAAGUUCCUGUAAAUGUGUCGAUGGAUCCGUGUUUGCCUGAAAUACCGUCUUCAUUUCACCGAUCUGUGAGGCUCUAACGUCAGUACAAUCUGAUGCUUUUGCAGUUUUUCGCCGUUGUUUCGAUGUAUUCAUAGGAAAACAGUAACCGGUGUGUGUCGGGGUCUACACGUUUUUAUUGUGCGUGCAAAGCUGCUUCCGUGUUGAAGUUUAAUAACACAGAACACGUGUACGUCCAGUAGAAAGCUGAAGACCAUGUGUGGUGCUGGAACGCUACAAACUGCCUCUGGAGUCCACCUUCACAUGAGAUUCCUUCAUCAAACUUAAUUCAAGAAUAAUUUCUGCUCACCCACACAUUUUGCGGUACGUUUUCUUUAUUUUUUUCCUUUUUAAUUCCUCAUGAAAGACGACAGGAAGACUUUAGUUCUGCUCCUGACUUUUGCUAAAACCUCAACAGGGAGAUCAGACGGAGGCUCUGGAGUCUUAAACGUUGCUGAACUGUUUUGGUUUCUUUGCUCUGUUUAAUCAUUUGGAAACCGAUCAGUCACUUCUGUGUGUGUGUGUGUGUGUGUGUCUGUGUGUGUGUUUCUGUUAAUUCUACACACACCUGCCGGACCUGUAGUAUGUAAAUAAUCCUGAACGUAUUUUAUUUCCUCAGCCAAUUCUACACUAGUCACUUUGAAUAGUAGCAUACUUGAAGGGGAAAAUGAAUGUUUAUAAUAUUGUUGUUGUUGUUGUCUGUGAACUUUUAUUUACCAACAUGCUGUCUAAUGAUAUUUGUAGCACGCAGAGAAACUGAUUUUUGUACGGUUUUAUUUUAUUCACUGUGCAACGUUAGAACGAGCUGUGGACACAAACUGCUGCCUUUAGAGGAGUUUAGUAAUAAAAAAAGUCUUCUGAAACCA